AUGAGCCGCGAGGAGGGGUCUACCCGGAGGUCCGACCGUACCUUUGUGCUGCCUCCCUGCUUUAAGGACGGGGGUUACUUUGAUAGGGUUCCCAUGGCCACUUCUCCGGAUGAGGCUCGUCGGGUAGAUUCUAUGGAUUCCCCUGCUCUUCUCAAGCAACUGGCGAGUGAUGGCGCCGCCGUCAUGAGGGAUGCCAAUCGGUUGAAGGCUGAUAGGGAGAAGCUGAAGAAGAAAGUUGAUGAGGCCCUGAAGCAGAAGGACGAGGAGAUCGAGGCGGAGAAGAAGAAGGUUGCUGAUCUUCAGCGGGAGUGGGCACCAUCGGACGAGGAGUUCCCCGAUGUGGCGGUGCUGAAGUCUCGGGCGGAGUUUGUCGAGAAGAUAAACGAGAUGAAGCUGAGUCUUGCCGAGAUGGCCGAAGCGGGGUUUGACUGCGCAGUUCGGCAGUUGAGGGUUCUGAAUCCCGGCCUGAAGGAAGACAACAUCGGGGUCUCGUCGAGGAUUGUUGAUGGGGCCGUGGUGCCCGAGUCUCCCGGGGACGAUGAAUGA